AGAAAAAUCAGCUCUAAAAGCUCUGAGUCAAAACUUGCACUGUCACUAGUGCAGCUAUCUGGUUAUCCACUAUGUGCUCUUGGGCAACACUGAUGAAGUUUUCACUUGUAUAUUUCACCCUGAACAAGUAAAGUCCAUCAACAUUAAGAUUUCCGGCAACUCGGACAAUAGGGCAUGAGUAGUGUUGCUCAGUAGUGUUUCUGUAGAAAUGUAUGAUAAAAUAAUGCAUGAACGUUUGAAUUAAAUUAAUUCUGGGUUGUGUUGAACAAUAUCUGUUUUCAAUUUGGUUUCAGGCUUAUCCUAAUGAGCAGUAGACUAUCACAAUGUCCAAGGCUGUGAGCACAGGGACUAAAGUUGUUUAUCCACCUGGCUGCAAGGAGUUAUCAGAGGAUAUAGGCAAAGAUGAGCUUGUGCGGAGGUUAAAGGCUCUGGCCAGGGCCUUUCAGGACAUGAGUCAGGAGGAGAAUGAGCAGUACAGUGGACUGGCCCUCACUCUCGCCACAGAGUACUACAUGGAUCACAGCAGCAAAGAUGUACGCCUGCUCAUUGCCUGCUGCAUUGCUGAUGUCUUUCGCAUUUUCGCUCCUGAUGCACCAUACAAGGAGCAGAGUUUGCUCAAGGAAAUAUUUAUGUUUCUGAUCAAACAGUUAAGGGGCCUCGAAGACCCUAACACAGCCUCGUUCAAGAGAUAUUUCUACCUGCUUGAGAAUCUGGCAUGGGUGAAAUCAUUCAACAUCUGUAUUGAGUUGGAUGACAACCAGGAAAUCUUCUGCAGCCUGUUUAAACUGAUGUUUUCUAUUGUCAAUGAGAGUCAUUACAGUAAAGUGCAGAACUUCAUGUUGGACCUGAUGACCCCGCUUAUUACUGAGGCAGACUCCGUGUCCCAGGAGCUGCUAGAUAUCAUCCUACUGAACAUCAUUGAACCUCGAAAAUCACACAACAAAGUUGCAUAUACCAUGGCAAAAGACCUGUUGAGGAGAACUAGCAAUGCCAUAGAACCUUACAUCCAAGCGUUCUUCAAUAAUGCCCUUAUGUUAGGGAAGACAUCAGAGAGUGAAGUCUCCGAGCAUCUGUUUGAGCUUAUUUAUGAACUGAACAAUAUUUCACCGAAUGUCCUUUUGGCCGUCUUACCACAGCUAGAGUUUAAACUGAAGAGUAAUGAUGAAUCCGAAAGGAAGUCUGUGACACGUUUGUUAGCCAAGAUGUUUUCUGAGCCUCACUCUGAGCUAGCCAAUCAGAACAAGCCAUUGUGGAAGUGCUUUCUUGGAAGGUUCAAUGACAUCAGCAUUACUGUGAGGACGAUAUGUGUGCAGUACUCCCAGCAUUUCAUCCUGAACCAUCCCACCCAUGUCAGAGAAAUCACAGAGCACCUGAAAGCCCGACAGCAUGACCCCGAGGAGACGGUGAGGAUGGAGGUGGUGGGCUGUAUUCUGAACGCUGCCAAGAAAGACUUUCUCAGCGUGUCUGAUGAACUGCUGGAGUUCAUCAAGGAGAGGACAUUAGACAAGAAAUUCAAGAUACGUCGCGAGGCACUGCUCGGCUUGGGGGCGCUGUACAAGCGCAUCAGCCAGAGAGAGCCAUUUGACGCUCACUUUAUGGAGAGGGUAACCUGGAUCAAGGACAAGGUGUUGCACGCUUACUACCAGCAGAGUGUUGACGACAGACUUCUGGUAGAGAGGGUUUUCAACACCUGUAUUGUACCAUACACAUUACCCAGUGAAGAACGGAUGAGGAAACUCUACCUGCUCUAUGCUUCCCUGGAUGACUAUGCUGUUAAAGCUUUCAAUGAAGUUCUUAAGGCCCAACUGAAUGUACGUAACUGUCUGGAGCAGCUGGUGGAUCUCCUGGACCAGGACCUGUAUGAUGAGGGAAAAGCUCCUACACUGUCAAUGAUCAACCCCAAACUAGUUACACUAGCCAGAUGUUUACCUGAUAGUGUAAAAGCCUUGGAGCGUCUAAAAAAGUUCAGCAACACAAUGUGGGAGGACCAAAGAAUCCGCCAGGUGGUCAAGAUUCUCUGUAGUCCUGAGUGUACCUGUAAGAAGGCUGAGGAUGCUGUGAAAGAAGUGCUGAAGAAAGUGGGUAACCCUAACCCUCAGAAUGUGUAUUACACGACUGUGAAGGCCCUUCUGGAGAGGACCGCCCCUGUCAUGAUUGACAAAAUGGCCAUACAAAUGGUGGUACACCAUGUCAGUGAUGUCGUGGUGGGCAUCAGUGACAUGGCAGAGGGAAUCCCCAAGGCUGGAGAGAAAGGCAUGCAGCUUCUGUUGGCAUUGUCUUGGGCGUUCCCUAAACACUUUGAUGCUGAUGAGGUAUUUGGGCAGCUGAUUGUGUUCCUCAAAAAUGAGGAUGAUAUCAUAGUGGACUUGACGCUGCAGAUCUUUGCCAACACGGGCCACAAUCUUCAGGAAAGGUUUCCUGCUGUGUUCUCGAGCCUGCUGCCUGUGUUACAGAGCCUGGCUAAGCUGGGCACCCCCAAACAAGCCAAGCAUGCCAUCCGCUGUAUCGGUGUGAUCUGUGAGAACAAAGAGGCUGCACUCACUCAAGUGUUUGAGCACAUUAAGAAGUCGUUAAACCCUGACUCAGCUAAUUACCUGACUUCCAUUGUGGCUCUUGGUCAUAUUGCUCAGCUCUGCCCUCAGGAAUUCGCCUCCGACAUAAAGUCAAUUGUCUCUAAAGUCAUUGUCAAGGAACUGCUCAUGCAGGACAGGACUGAAGGCCCAAUGACAUCAGAAAGUUGGUAUUCAGACCACCGUGUCACAGAGGAAACCCAGUCUAAGAUCCAAGCAUUAAAGAUGUUAGUACGUUGGUUACAAGGCCUGAAGAGCAAUGCUACGAACUCUGGCUCCUCCACGCUUAGACUGCUCCAUAAUGUCAUCAUCCAUGACGGAGAUCUCAUGGAACACGGAAAGAUCAACAAACCAGAGCUAGCACGGUUAAGAUUAGAGGCUGGAUGCUGCAUGUUGAAGAUGGCAGAGGAGCCGGCCUAUGCUGAGAUCGUCACCAGGGAGCAGUUCCAAACCAUGGCCCUGCUUAUUAACGAUAGUUGCUACGAGGUGCGGCUGAGAUUUGCCCAGAAGCUGAACAAGGGUUUGUUAUCGUUAAGGCUGCCCCUGGAGUACAUGAGCAUCUUCUCUCUGGCAGCUAAUGAUCCCCUCAAGGAGAGGCGUGUACAGGUGAAAUCCUUCCUGGCAGCAAAUAUCCAGAAACGUCGUGAAUACCUGAGGCAGAACCCCUCUGCAGGGGCCAAGAUGUUCUCACUCUUGCCGGACUACGUGUUACCCUACACUGUACACCUGCUUGCCCACGAUCCAGACCUGAAGACUCAUGACCACCUGGAGGCCCUCACCAAUAUCAAAGACUGCCUCUGGUUUAUAUUGGAACCCUUAAUGACAAAGAACGAUGAUUACAACUACAACUUUUACCGUAGAAUGUUACAAAACAUUAAACAGACUAAAGAUGUGCAAGGUCCAGAUGAUGAAGAAAUGAACAAGAAACUGUAUGCAGUAUGUGAUUUGGCACUAGGUUUAGUGCUGACUAAAACCACCUCAUUUGUCCUGAAGGAGAGUAAGGCUGAACCACUGCUGCCCUCAAAGUUGUUCGCCAAACCAGAUAAGGAUUUCAGCAAUACAGACUCUUACCUACCAAAGGAGUUCCAGUUUGAUGCCCCAAAAGUACAGAAAGAGAUCAUUGAAGGUUUAAUCCCCAGCGCUCCACAGCGACUGUCUAAGAUUUACAAGCCAGUAACCCAGGGUACCACCACAACCAUCAUAGUUGAGAGCCCUAAGCCAGUCAUCAACCUGACAGCACGCACACCCAAGAAGAAAGACCUGGAGGAGAAACUGAAGGCAGAGAGGAAGGAGAAGAGAGAGAAGGAAAGAGAGGAAAAGGAGAGGGCUAAGAGAGAGAUGAAGGAAAAGAAAGCACAGAACAAGGGGAAGAGGAGAGCAGCUCAGGACUCAGCUUCAAACACAGAGGGGGAGAGCAGCCCAGAGAAACCCCCACCUAAACAAGGCUCAGGCAAGAGAGCAAAAACUAUCACUGUGAAAAAAAAGGGUGAUGCCCCAUUUAUGAAGCCAAUCAAGGGAAAGGGCUCACCUGUGAAAUCUCCCAUAACACAAAAACAGUUAAAAGUCACUAGAUCAAAGGCAAGCCCUAGAUCUCCAAGUAAAAGUAUACGUGUGAACUUUAAGAAAGCAUCCCCACUGAAAAGAGGGCGAGGUCGCCCAGCGGGGAGAGCAAAUUCAGCCGGCCCCAGUCCCAGUGUUUCCUCAGCCUCCAGCCAGAGCUCUUCCCCCAAAAAGUCGACUGUCAAUGGGAAAAAAACCGGGAAGUCCACACAAGAAAGUGUGACAGCUACACGGAAACGAGCCGCAGAAGAAUCUCCAGAGUCUUCACCUGGCAAGCGCUCCAGAACUUCAGACACAAGUGUAGACAGCUCACCUGUGAAGCGACAGCGUGGUGCGGCCCACACUGGCAGCAGGAAAGUCACCCGAGCGGAGUUGGCCAAGCAGUCAGAGUCUUCAGAUAAUCAAAACUCAGAGACCUCCGAAACAGAAAGCUCACAGAACUCCCGGCCAUCGUCACGGUUACGAUCAGCCCCACCUCCGUCCCCGGCCUCUAAAACAGUGAAGCCUACGAGGAGCACAUCAAAGGAGUCCAGACAGGCUUCUGAUUCUCCCUCACCAACAGCCUCCAGGAAAAAACAGACCAAAAUUACUGAUAUUCUCCCUAAAAAAACAGCAGUGACCAGACGGAAUGUGCGACGGGCUGGUACACUGUCUAAUGGCACGUCAGAUGGUGAUGACGUACAGACGCCAGAGACGGACUCCCAGGAGAGUCCAGACAAAGCUGAGGCUCUGAGCCGCGCAAUACAGGCAGCAGGAGAAGACAACUCUGAACAGGAAACAAUAGUGAUUCGAAGACGAAACAGACGAAAGUGAAGAGAGAAGUUACAGAUGACAGUACACAAGCUCAGGAGUAACUCCUGUACUUGAGGAUGUUUACAGCUGACAGUCCUUCCCAUGGAAAGCCAAUUGUGCACAAGCAAGCAGUGAGCACUUAGCAGGAGACUACUCAGUGUACAGUGAUAAAACAUUACACACCAUUCCCAGGCAAAACUUACCUCAAGUGUGCUUGUGUCCUCUACAGUCGGCUGUGGGGAGCAUUUUCAAAUGUGGCCAGUAGUGGUAAAGAUCUCUGUGAGGACUGGCCAACAGUGGUACAGGUCUCUGAGGACUGAGCAACUGUGGUACAAGUCUACCUGAGGACAGAGCAACUGUGGUACAAAAUUGAGGACUGGCCAGCUGUGGUACAGGUUUCUCUGAGAACUGGCCAACUGUGGUACAGGUCUUGCUGAGGACUGGCCAACUGUGGUACGUGUCUUUGGGGACUGGCCAAUGGUGGUACAAUACAAACUUACUGACUUCGGCAAACAUUGGCUCAUAUUCAUAAAGGUUGGAAAAUACUGAUACAUAUUCAUAAAGGAUGGAUGGGAAAUAUAGGCACAGAGUAAUCAAGGACAAUAAACAGCAGUACAAAUUCAUCAGCGACAGGUCAAGGACUGAUUCGUCAAGGAAUGCAAACAUAGGUACAGAAUCAUCAGGACUGGGCAAGGACUGAUUCAUCAAGGAAUGCAAACAUGGGUACUGAUUCGUCAAGGAAUGCAAAGUUUGGUACAGAUUCGUCAGGACUUAGCAAGGACUGAUUCAUCAAGGAAUGCAAACAUAGGUACAGAAUCAUCAGGACUGGGCAAGGACUGAUUCAUCAAGGAAUGCAAACAUGGGUACUGAUUCGUCAAGGAAUGCAAAGUUUGGUACAGAUUCGUCAGGACUUAGCAAGGACUGAUUCAUCAAGGAAUGCAAACAUAGAUACAGAAUCGUCAGGACUGGGCAAGGACUGAUUCAUCAAGGAAUGCAAACAUGGGUACUGAUUCGUCAAGUAAUGCAAAGUUUGGUACAGAUUCGUCAGGACUUAGCAAGGACUGAUUCAUCAAGGAAUGCAAACAUAGAUACAGAAUCGUCAGGACUGGGCAAGGACUGAUUCAUUAAGGAAUACAAACAUAGGUACAGAAUUGUCAGGACUGGGCAAGGACUGAUUCAUCAGGGAAUGCAAACAUAGGUACAGAUUCAUCAGGACUGGGCAAGGACUGAUUCAUCAAGGAAUGCAAACUUUGGUACAGAUUCGUCAGGACUGGGCAACAUUGCUACCCACUCAUAUCCAGUGUGAGAAACACAUGUACAGAUUGAGAUUUACCAGUGUAUUCAUUGAGUAUCUGUAUGGUGUUUACUUGUGAAGUUUCAAGUUAGGUGAUCCAUAGUACACUUUUCAUUGUGAAUGGCUGUUACUGAAACUGAAUCAUCAUCAUCCACCCUAGUAGAGAUUCAGGAUGCAGUGGUUGCCUGGACACUGACCAUGGAUAGCGUGACGUUGAGGUGACCUUGUGACCUUUUUACCAUGGCACUGACUCUACAUUAUCUACAUUCUCGUCCCCUGUCACAUGCAUGCUGAGCACUCAAAGCUGCAGAAUAAAAUACCUGUCCAGGUAUUUCAUAAACACGAAUUUUUGGGCCAGAUUUCAGAAAUGUUACAAUUAUAAACACAACUAAAUAGGCCCGCAGCAAAUUACCUCCCUUGAGGUCACGCCCGUUUAAAAGAUAUUUUUCAGGAGUAACUUAAGGUUAGGUGGGAUCAGAAAAUGACUGAGAGCAAGUUUAAGAGUUAAGGUGGCAUAAGCUAAAGAUCCAGCUUUAAGACUUUUUAAUUUUGUAAACUUAUCAGGAGAGCCCAGGAUAAACUUGUAUUUUUUAAUGUAUUCGGAAGUAAUUUUAAAAUCCUGGCUCUUGUUAAACACAAUGUGGGAUUAAGAGGUGGUUGUAAUCCCAGAUAUUUACUAAUUCAAAAUCUUUUGACAUUUCUGUGACUUCCAAAGGCUGGUAUCAUGUUUUUUCACGCUCUGUUGCCCAGAAAACAUCUGUCACUGUCAUGACAUAACCCACAUACUGCAUGCUUUAAUAGGUGAGGUCCCACUUCUCAUAGGCCCCGAAAACCAAUCUCGUGUUACGUCAUAGCGGGUGUCGUGUAACUAAGGAGGUAAUUCAGAGCAAGUCUAUUGGUCUACACAUACAUGUGUGUAGGGGCAAAAGUACCUGUGCCAUUCUUGUGUUGAUAUGUCUGUUUACGGUAACACUGUGAUCGGCCCAGAAAUGAUGUUAUCAAUUGGUCUACCUGGUGUGUGUUUAAAUCAGUUGGUCGUCAUGUCUACGCAACAUGUUUAGAAACAUAGAUGAAUUGCAGUUAGGUUUAAACAAAAUAAGAUUGUAAAGGAAAAGCAGUGUGCCAGUCUACCAUGUAUCUCUUAAGUGGUCCAAAGUCACACCUUCGAAGUACAGUACAUGGUUAACAUAUACAUGGCAAUAACAGGGCAUUUGCAAUGUUACUAACUGGCUAGUGUCAUUUUCAGUGCCAGUAUACAUCAUGGUACACAUAGCACUGGCCUAGCCUACUGCAUGUACAUGUAUAGUAGGGCUGAUUUGGAAAGGACAGUAGAGUCUCACAACAAUGCGUCUUUGUUUACAAUAGGUACUGUAUUUCACCUUAAGUUUGGUAUUUAAAAAUGCACCUUUAGAAACAAAGAUUUUUUGAUACCAACACCAACACAAGAUUUUCUGAUAAGAAAUUAAUCAAACUUAACAAAAUAUGUGAAGUGGCACUAUGAGGUGAAUUAAUUAAUCAGAAUGUAGUAAACUGUGUCUGUUGACAAAUGGUUAAGGAGAAAUAUAUGUACAGUGGGGCAGCGUUUCUGCAUUGUUGUAUGGACUUCAGUGAAGUGUCAAUGAAUUGAAAUGACUGGUCUAAUAUCUGGAUGACCAGAAAGAAUGUCAAGGAAUAAAACACAAUUAACAAUGUGUUUUUAAAGGUACAUUGAAUAUGAUAUAUAACGGCUUGAUUCUACCUGAAAGGUUCUCAAGAACGUUGCUCAGUAAAUUUGAUACAGAAAGAAGGGUUUUAUCUUGUUUGGAAAAGUUGCACAUAAUUGUUCAGUAAAACAGGUUAUUAAAAUCUUAUAUCAUAUUUAUGGGAAAGAUUUUUGAUGGCAAUGAUUUUGGAAUAAGAUGGUCCACAACAACACUUGAAUUCAGAACUUUUCACUUGCCAGUACAGCAGAAAAGGUCCCCUGUUACGAAUUGCUUGCCGCUCCAAAUUUUAGACUUGAGCAGAUAUUUUUCAGGUGGUUAUUUCAGUUGGUACAGCACUGGUUACAUAGUUGUGUAUAUAAGAUUUAACUUCCUACACUUUUCCUGGUUUUCGUGAGCUUAGUUGCUCAUUUAUCUUUCUGCUUGGUACUUGUACAUUUAACUUAGUUCACAGCUUCAGGUUUGUUUAAAAAAUUCCUGCUUCAGUUUUCUUUAGUAUACGUUUUAUGGUGCAUUUCACCGUUCAUAGUUUAGAGUUUAUGGUCAUGUAGUUAAUUAUAAAUGUAUGAAUGGCAAAGGGUUACCGUCUUCUGCCAAAUUUCUGCAUUGCAUUCUCCAGUUUGUGUACAUACAUAGGAAGUAUAUUGUGUUUGUCAUCAAGAUGAUUUCUUCCAAUCAAGAUCCCUCAAGUAUUUAUUUGUGUACCUCCUGCCUGGGCUUGAUUUGUGUUUAUAUAUUUAUGACUGGCACAGUUGUCAUGACUACAGUAUGCAUACUGUACAGCUCAGGCGGGUUUCCACCACAAGCAUCCUGUUGUGCAACUAAAGGAGAAGUGUUCUAAACAUCUCGGUUUUUUCUGGCAUGAUAGUAUGACGUAUCCCAAGGAUCAGUAGCCUUGCUGAACGACCUGGAUUACCUAAUCCUGAGUGUAUACUGUGAAGUUACAUUUGAACUGAUCUGAAGACAACACUAUCAUUGUUCAUAAGCAAGGAUUUGUACCGAGAGCUUUUAUCAAACUUCACUUCACCCAAAACUGCUCCCUUGGUAAUAAGGCCACAGAAUUUCUGUAGGUGGCAAAGUUUGGGUUCUGUGUCCAUCUAGAGCUGUGUUUUCUGAAAUUUUAUUUAGGAAGAGUCUACAACAUUUAUUCAUAUGAAGUACUCUUGUUGAGUAAUUGUCAGGAUUUAUUUUGAAUUCUCUUAAGAAAUUGGGGCCAGGUUGUGGUACCAUGUAAUACGUUCACCUGUUCAUCUUCCGUGUUAAGUUUGUACAUAUUUAAGUCAUUGUGAAGGUUCCCACACAAGUAAAUAUACCAGUUGUAAUAUAGCAGAAGACUUCUUCAUGUACUGAGGUAGAUGAAUAUGCCAUUUCACUUUUAUCAUUGCUUGUCAUUCGUUAACACCAUCUGUAGUUUUUUUUACGUGAUGUUAUAAAGUUAUAUUUUUUACCAGGGACACUUUGUUUGUGUAGUUAUCUGGUUGCAAUCAUGAAUUAAUGUCAUUCAUAUGGAAUAAAGUAUUGAAAAUAUUUAAGGUGUA